CUCUCUGAAUUUGCUUUACAACGGAGACCGUCCAUAGCUACGUCCAGAUUGCAGACAUUCACCAACUCAGCGAACAGCACGCUGAAGCGGGGUAAUCAUGUAGGUAUCAAGAGGUACAACCUCAUCUAUCCACCUCUUCUAUACCAUCACACUGUGAUCACAACAACCCAUCCGGUAUUCCAAUGUCCCCAAAAGAAAAGGAAAAUGCCGCCGACCAAUACACUGACAGUAUCCUGCCUCUGCGGCGCUGCAACGCACACCUUCGCAGUCCCUACCUCCUCCCUUCCUCUACCCUCACAACUGUGUAAUUGCACGACCUCCCGACGGAUCUCAGGCUCGCUACUCACCAGCUAUAUCAAUAUAACCCACGAUCCAGACUCCACAUCAUCAUCACCACAGAUACUGGAACAAAGCAAACCAGACUUGUCGCGUCUAACACCAUAUCCAAGCUCAGAUAUCCUGACGAGAUGGUUUUGCGCAACAUGCGGAACACACAUGUAUCUCGAAUACCUAGCAGACGGGCACUUCGAAGCUGCCACCGGCACAUUAGAUAAUGUAGACGGUAUUGUGCAGUUCGAGAGUUGUAUGUGGAUUGGCGAUACGAUAGAGGGAGGUGCCAGCCAGUUCAUCACACACAUCGACAGCAUACCACUAAAACGAUAUUUACAAUCACCGCGAAAAAGCCCCGAAAUCCCUUUACACUGGAAAGAUGCUAGCUGUACGGCGACAAACGAUGUAGCUACUGAGAGGAAAAAAGGAGAAAAAGUCCGCGCCACAUGCCAUUGUGGAGGCGUGCAGUUCUACAUCUCACCGCCUGACGCUAGAUCCCAACUCGCGACUUCGCCGUAUCCAGAUCUCAUGGUCCCGUAUCAUGGCGGCCCAAGCGCUGCUGCGAAUCCCGAGAAUCACGCAUGGUGGAUCGUAGGGGGUGAUCGAUUCCUGGCGGGGACGUGUGCGUGCUCGACGUGUCGACGGGCAUCUGGGUUUGAUGUCACGUUUUGGGGGUUUGUUCCUACGUCGAAUAUCACGUUGGAUGCAGAAGGCGAGAUUCCUUUCACGCGGAAUGGAGGGAGAUACUGGGGUGCUAUGAAGUCAUAUCGAUCAUCUGAGAGGGUUACGAGGACGUUUUGUGGGAAGUGCGGUGCGAAUGUGUUUUGGGAUGGCGAUGAGAGGCUGAGUAUUGUUGAUGUGGCUGUUGGAUUGUUGGAUGCGAAGGAGGGAGCUAGGGCGGAGGGGCUGCUUGGUUGGUGGUAUGAGCGAGUGAGUUUUGAGGAAGAAGCGUUGAAUAAGGAACUGAUCAGAGGACUGAGUGAUGGGUUGAGGGAUUGGGGGAGAAUGAGUGAGGAGAAGGGGAAGGCGGAAAAUGAUUGA